UCGCGAUUCCAAGGUCGUUUAGGAUUCCUCUUCCUGACUAUAUGUAUAUUCUAAGGCAGAGCCACCCCCUCGGUAGGGGCUCCGUUGUCAUGGUAACUUUGUUUUGAUUAGUAAAAAUGACGUCACACUAUCACAAUCCAUUAUUUUGUGAAGUUGGCGAAGCUGUUUAGAUAAUGCGAAGAACCCUUCUAUUACCGACCGGUAAGUAAAAUAAUGUGACAUUUGGGACAUUUGACAGAAGUCCAUCAAAUUGCAAAUGGCAGUAGUGUCAUAGUGUCAUGUUGUUCUAAGGUGUUACGUUAUUUAUUUGGUGAAAAUUGACAUUAAAAAAGUUCAUUGGAGUAGAAAUAGCGAAAUAUCUGAAAUCUAUUGAUAUGAAUAAUAAAGAAAAAUUGCCAAAACUGGUGGAUGUAUAUCGCCCAUCGACCCCUCUGUGCAGGAGGCAACUGCCCCUAGUUGUUGAUGAAAAUUUAACGCUUGUAAUGGAUGUGAAAAGUUCUGGGAUCAUUUGUGAUAAUCAAGUUUUAAGAGGUAAAGAACUGGAGGAAUUCGCUCUAAAAUGGAGUGUCCUACCUCCUUGUGAACUGCGAAAAGCUCUUCAAAUAACUAAGUCUGAAUUAAUGCAUGUCUUGAAUCAAAAUGUGCCAUGUGUUGGAUGCAGAAGAAGUGUUGAUAGACUUUAUUAUCAGUUAUUCAAAUUUGGACACCCAACCCUAGAUCCUUUGAUUGUCAAACCAGAUGGAACUAUAACUAUCAGAGAGGAUAAACAAGCCUAUCCAAUUCUAGGAUCUAUAUUUCAUGAUCAUUCUGUUCGAUUGGCAAAAUUAAUAGAAAAUCAACCAAAGAGGAACAAAAAGAGCGUGAGAUGUUUAUUACAUUCACUAGACUCUCAACGUAGUAGGCCUCUUACACCAGUUUGGCGAGAUGUAUGGGAAUGUAUGAAACCAGAAUGCAAAAAAGACGUCUGUAUCAUCGAGGCAUCUAGUCUACACAGCACUCUAGAAACCUAUCUUCGCAAGCACAGAUUUUGUGGUGAAUGUCGUACUAAAGUUUUGAAAGCAUAUUCAUUGUUAGUAGAAGAACCAGAGCCUACCAAAGAGAAAGGUUAUGUUUCUUCUUUGUACGCCGGCAUUAAAAGAUGUUUACCAGACAAACAUAUUCACUUGCAAACUAAGACUGACCUUAUAACUAAGCUCAUCAGUCGGGCUGAGCCUGAACUUUUAGGAAGCCGUAGAGAACGCCACGCUAAAACGCUCGAAAUAGCUCAGGAGGAAGUGUUGACAUGUUUGGGUAUAUGCAUGUAUGAACGUUUGCAUCGCGUCUAUAUGCGCAUGCGCGAAGAAGAAUGUACAUGUCAAGUGUUCGCCGCUGUGGCUGUUCACACAUUAAGCCGCAGUUUUGAGACUGCCGUGGAACGGAUAAGGGGCGUUUCGCAAUUAGAAUUGCUGUAUGCAGAAUUUGCGCGUGAAGAACAGCAGAAGCAGAUAAGAAGAGAACAAAAGAAAAUCAAGCGCAAGCGUAAAAAAGGAAAAGUAGUUGACAAAGAGGGCAAAGAAAACUGCAAUGAUUGUGAUCAGGAUGAAGACGACAAAGAAGAUGAUGGUGAAGAAUGUACAUGUUCACAAGACAAAGGCGAUCAAGACUCAGUGGGUUGUUAUAACUGCGAGCAAUUGCAGCCAGACAAUUUUACAACGGAUUCAAUAAGGGAUUAUGAAGAUUGUUCUAAGAUCAAUAAUAAAAGAGGUGAUGGUGGUGGUGUGGAGGGAAGAAAGGAUAAAUUGAGAUGUAGCAGUGAAUUGUGGAUAGAAGAGUGCAAAUGUGAGAGUGAUAUAAGAGAUAAUAAGAAAAGUGGUGCCACUACUUGUAAAUGUGAUAAUAGUCUGCUCAGACCUUUAACAUACCUUGGAGAUUUCAACAGUAGCGUUAAAAAAGAAAGCGGUUCGAACAGCGACCAUUCCCAUGACUGUGGUUACUCAUCAGAAAACAACAACGGCUGUUGCGAGACGGGUUCGUUGAUUUCGAGCCUGUCGAGCUCUCCGGAGGGUUCAGAACUGGCUUGUUCCGAUUCUUGUUGCCAACAUGAUACUGAUUAUAUUACACAUUGUAGACUAUCUUACGGCGGGACCGGGCAUCAAAUGAGUCUACAGGAAAUGUUAGAGGUAUACAGCGAAGACGAUGAUGAAUGUUAUAUAACACCGGAGGAAGUUAGGGAAUUUAAAAGUAACAAUAGGCAAGUGUACGAAAAGCGCCAGGAAUUGCGCGAGACCCUUCAAAAGAGGUUCGCCCAAUUCUGUAUGGACGGUCCAGUGCCACAUAUACUCCUACAAACCAAAUAUGCUUCAAACUAAUUUUGUUUACAAUCUACUAGAUUUCCCUAUAUUGUUUACUGAAAACAGCACAUGACUUUGCACAAAGAGUAAUACAAACGAAACUAAUGACGUUUAGCAGAUAUAAAAAUAGGAUAAUGACAGCGUGCUAUUUAACCUGUUUCAUCGAAAGUUUACAUAUUUGGCAAAACAUAAAAAUAUAAUUUACAAGUAAUUUUAAUUAAUUUGCAAUUUAAAUUGAAGGAAUAGAAAAAGUAAUUUGCCAAUGCGCAUUUGACCCAAUUUUUUAUCUGAUUGGCUCAAUACAAUAUCUAAACGACAUCAGAUUCUUACUUUACUUUUUGUUCAAAGUAUUUUCAGUAGCUCGAUGAUUUUUAUAACUGUUCGGUUUGAAAUUAUACAUAAAAAUGUUUUUAAUUUUUAUUAUUUUGGUUUUGUUUUUCUUUUGUAUUUACAGUUGCACAAAUAAACGAAAAUUAGGAAAUUCUAGUUAAAUUAUAUGCGUUUGUCUUGGGUGAACAUCACUCUCCAGUAGUUCAAAUGUCCUGAUGUUUUUCUUACUGUCCAUUUUUUCCAUGUUUAAAAUAAAGAAAAUAACGCCAAAUUUGAUAAUUUGUUAUAUAUAUUUUUGAUUUUUUUUUUUACCUUUCAUAGUAGGAAUAAAAUAUUAGAAUAGAACAUUUGAACUACUGAAGCUAAGCAGACACAAUUUGUGGUACACCCCGCCCAAAUAUACUGGUUCAAGAUAAAAAAGAAAAUAUAAUACAGUUACAAUAUAUUUAUGAUGUAUUUGUUGCAUUCCAUAAUGGGUUAUUAUUGUUACAAAAGAAAUAGAAUUGUUUUUGUAUAGGUCUUUGAUAUGCACUAUAUGCAGUCAUACCUUAUUCUAUGUAAGAAUCAAAAUAUAAAAUUGAUCAAGUAUGCUUUUUUGUUUCAUUACAACUACAAUUUUAAAUAAGACCAACACAACAAAAAAAAACUUUAUUUUACAAUGUAUUUAAAUAUAUUGUCCAAAACACAAACUAGCAUUAGUUCCACCAAAUCCAAAAGCAUUUUUUAAAGCUAUUCUCCUAUCGCAUUUUUUCCAUUUUUGACUACUAAUAGGAACAAAAUUGAUAUCACUAUCCUCAAUGUUUUCUAAGUUAGCUGUUGGUGGUAAAAUCCCUUCUUCCAGAGCUUUUAUAGUAAAAACGGAUUCCAAAUUCCCUGCG